UCAGUUGUCUGCUGGGUAUAUACGACGCUUCAGGUAACCUCAAUGAUUCGUUGGUGUACACGUUGAAGUAAGGUGUUAAGUCAUCACGAAGUAAGGAACAACACUACGCGAUGGACGACAAGUUCCAAGGUUUGAAAACGAAUGAACAGAUUAUAGAGGAACUUACGAAAGAUCUGGAAAGUUCCUGCAUCGCGGUAAAUGACAAUCAUUCCGCGUCGAAAGAUGAUAUCGCGACGAAUAUCCCGACGAAAUCUGCGAGUAUAAAAGAUAGUUAUCAUUCGGACAAUCGUCACACAUCUACGAAACAUGUAGAACAUACAGAAGAAAGUAGCGCUGACAAUAAGUGUGGAAAAGAUGACGAACAUGAUACGAGUCGUCCAAAAGAUCGCAUGGACGAAGACUCGUGUCUGAAAGACAGAGAAUUGACACUUUCCGAAGAUGAGAAAAAAAUCCUUAAAGCAGAAGCGGAAGAGUAUAAAGAUAAGGGAAAUGAUUUCUUUAAAUGCGAAGAGUAUCAUCAGGCAAUAUCUAUGUAUACCCAUGGAAUACAAACCUGCCCGUUAGCCUAUAGCAAAGAGAGGUCCAUUUUGUAUGCCAAUAGAGCUGCUGCAAAGUUAAAAUGUCUGGACAAGGAAUCCGCUAUAUCCGACUGCACAAAAGCCAUAGAAUUAAAUCCAAGUUACGUGAAGGUAUACGGUAGAAGGGCUCGCCUGUACGAAGAGACAGAAAAGUUGGACGAAGCUUUGGAAGACUACAAAAAGAUUUUAACGUUUGAUCCUAGUCACGUAGAGGCAAACUAUGCGAUUCGAAGAUUACCUCCGUUGAUUCACGAGAGGAAUGAAAAGUUAAAAACAGAAAUGCUUGGUAAACUGAAGGAUUUGGGGAAUAUGUUUCUGAAACCUUUAGGGCUUUCUACGAAUAAUUUUGAAUUGCAACAAGAUCCAAAUAGUGGUAGUUAUUCCGUCAAGUUUCAUCAGAAUCCUCGGAAUUGAUACAUUAACCAGUGUAUGUUGGUAUAAGAAUGAAUUUCUGAAAAUGUGUCGCGAAAUAUUUAUACAUACCUUAUGUAGAUUCUGUUCGAAUGCUGUGUAUUUG